AGCCUCCUAGGUUUAAUACAUUCGGAGACUUCAGCACACCACUUUUUGGGGCGCCUCUAUUUUAUAUCCAGUAUGUCUUCUCCCGAAGAACGAAGACCACUCUUGCAAGAAACCUUCUGCCCAGACUCUACCCACCCCACAGCUGCAUCGACAGAUGAUGGUGAGAGAGGGCCGAUGGAUACUAGCAGUCAUGUCCCUGGGAAGGAUGACGACUCAUCACCACCAAACAAUGAACCUGAAUCGCUUUAUGACCUCAAGUGCCGCAUGGUAGACUUGGAAAUUGAGUCUCUCGGCAUGGGAAAGUACCAGUGGAGACUCUGGGCGCUUUGCGGUCUCGGUUAUCUGAUUGACCUUAUGUGGGCGCAAGCUUUUGGUCUCAUCCUAUCACCGAUGCAACAAGAGCUCGGUUUUGGUGAUGCCCAAACUGGAAAUUUGUCCACUGCUUUCUCAUGUGGACUGACAAUGGGAGCUUUUAUGUGGGGCAUCUUGGUCGAUAUAAUCGGGCGGAAGUGGGCGUUCAAUCUCACCGUCCUCACAGCCAGCGUCUUCGGAAUGUGUUUAGGUCUCCCAGACACUUACCCGACGAUCCUGAUGCUGACUGCUCUAAUCGGAUGGGGCGUAGGAGGAAAUAUACCUAUCGAUACCUUGAUCACUUUAGAGUUCACACCGAGUGAUCGCAGAUACCUUCUUCCCCUUCUAUCGAUCUUCCAGCCUAUCGGUGUCACGUUAUGCUCAAUCAUCGCCUAUGGGUUCAUACCUGCAUAUUCAUGCUCGCCGAAUUUCACCGAGCUAGAACCACUGCCUACGUGUGUAGGGAGCAAGAUACCAACUCAGUCGUGUUGCACCAAGUCAGAUAACAUGGGCUGGCGCUAUCUGCUGUUCACACUCGGUACAAGUACAACAGCCUGUUUCCUUCUACGCUGCUUUGCGUUUGACGUUCAGGAGUCUCCGAAAUUUCUCAUUCACAAAGAUCGCGAUGUCGAGGCAAUCAAAGUCCUGCACCAUGUAGCAAAGAUAAACGGAAAGCCCUCUAGCUUGACAUUGGAAUCAUUCCAAAAAUUAGAGGCUGAUUGGGACACUGCAAACGGUGUCGAGAACGAAAGUUCUAUGAUGAACCGAAGCAGGCAGCUGCAAAAAUCAUGGAGUCAGAAGUGCAGACUCGAAGCAGACCGAUUCAAGAUUCUCUUCAGUACACCUCGGAUGGCGAAGCUUACAACUCUCGUAUGGUUGACCUACGUCUUCGAUUAUUCAGGGUUCACGAUCGCUGGUCAGUUGGUAUCCUAUCUUACGAAGGGAGCCCUGAGUAAACUUGUACUAACCAAGUUCACACGAGCAGGAUUUUAUCUGCCACAGAUUAUCGCCCUCAAGAACGGGGCUUUGAGCCUUUCUCUCAGAUAUACCUAUUGUUCAUACAUCUUCAUAUACUUUCCAGGUACAAUAGGCGUUCUGUUAGGGUCUCUGCUUUAUCGCACACGCUACUUCGGCCGCAAAUACACUAUGGUUCUUUCCUCCGCUUUAAUGGGAAUCUCCAUUCUAGCGUUCAGCACCAUCAACACGGCCGCUUCCACGAUUGGGCUCAACAUGACCGAAUAUAUAUUCCAAAGCAUGUUUAAUGCUGUUCUGUAUGGGUGGACACCCGAAGUGUUUCCGGCAUCCAUCAGAGGCACAGCAUGUGGGCUAGCAAGCUUCUGGGGAAGGCUCUUCGGAAUUAUUAGUCCGCUGAUUGCGCAGCGUAUAUAUGGGGGUGGAACUGGGAACGGAAAGGAUGCCAACAGUGUACUGUAUCUGGCCGGAGGUGUUUCGUUAUUGUGUGUUGUUACUACUGUAUUGUUACCCUCGAGCUCAGUGACCAAGUCGAGGCCGUGA